AUGCACCCAAUCACAUGCCUAAACUCUAUAAUCCCCACCCUCCCUAUUCGUCCACCUUACUCAUUCUUCGAUUGCUUUCCUCCAAAAAAAAAAAAAAAAUGAACAUCCUUUUUGCCCUUUUGCACACUCUCUUUUUCUCUUGCCUUUCUCUUUAUUCUUCUUUUGCUUCUUCCAACAUAUCCCAGCUCUUUGAAACAUGGUGCAUACAACAUGGCAAGACUUAUGCUUCUCAACAGGAUAAGCUCUAUAGACUCAGGGUUUUCCAGGACAACUAUGAGUUUGUUACGACACAUAAUAACCAGGGCAAUUCUUCUUACACCCUUUCUCUUAAUGGCUUUGCUGAUCUCACCCAUCACGAGUUCAAGGCUUCUCGUUUGGGUCUCUCUGCUGCUUCAGCCUCUGUGAAUCUUGACCAUGACGGACCAAAUCUACGAAUGCCUGAUUUUGUUGGCGAUGUUCCUGAUUCAAUUGAUUGGAGAGAGAAAGGGGCUGUGACUCAGGUCAAGGAUCAAGGGGGCUGUGGUGCUUGUUGGUCUUUCUCAGCCACAGGAGCUAUUGAAGGCAUAAAUAAGAUCUUUUCUGGAUCUCUUGUUAGCCUCUCUGAACAAGAGUUAGUUGAUUGCGACAAAUCUUACAAUAAUGGUUGCGAGGGAGGGCUCAUGGACUAUGCAUUCCAAUUUGUCAUAAACAACAAUGGGAUUGACACAGAGGAAGAUUAUGCAUACCUAGGACGCGAAAGGUCCUGCAAUAAAGCAAAGUUAAGAAGGCGUGUUGUGACCAUUGAUGGAUACACUGAUGUGCCCCAAAACAAUGAGAAAGCACUAUUAGAGGCUGUUGCAAAUCAACCUGUGAGUGUGGGAAUAUGUGGCAGUGAAAGAGCAUUUCAAUUGUACUCAAAGGGGAUUUUCACUGGCCCAUGUUCAACUUCUUUGGAUCAUGCUGUAUUGAUUGUAGGAUAUGGGUCAGAAAAUGGAGUAGAUUAUUGGAUUGUGAAAAACUCAUGGGGAAAAAACUGGGGAAUGAGUGGUUAUAUGCACAUGCUGCGAAACAGUGGAAAUUCUCGAGGUGUCUGUGGCAUCAACAUGCUGGCUUCAUAUCCAAAGAAGACCAGCCCAAAUCCACCUCCUCCAUCUCCACCAGGACCUACUAGAUGUGAUCUCUUUACUCGCUGUGGAGAAGGGGAAACUUGCUGCUGUACCCACCACAUUUUUGGAAUAUGCUUUACAUGGAAAUGUUGCGAACUUGAUUCUGCUGUUUGUUGCAAGGAUGGACGUCAUUGUUGCCCCCAUGAUUAUCCGGUUUGUGACACAACGAGGGACAUAUGCCUUAAGCAUCACAGUAAUGGCACGAGAAUGGAAAUAGUUGCAAAGAAAAGCUCCUCUGGGAAGUUUGGCAGUUGGAGUUCCCUUCUUGAAGGUUGGAUUCUGUAAAGCCAGCUUCAUUUGUACUACUGUAUUUUUUUUAUGUCAAGCUCCCUUAGAAUUCACAUGUUUCACCACUGAAGAAAAGACUAUUGGUAUAACUAUAAAAACUAAAUGGAGGGUUGGUUAGUAAAGAUUUCAUUGCAUUGUUGGAUGAAUUUAACAGGGGAAUCAGGGAACUGGGAGGCUUGUACUGUCCUGAUUCUGAAGUCCAUCAAGUAUUGAAAUCAGAAAAUUGAUUCGGGACUUUCAUUAGGCUAGAUGUAAGAUUGGUGUGAGCAUCUCUUUCAUUUGUAUGUGUAAUAUGCUUCUCACAAGCUGCAUAACAGCAAUUUUGUUUCUUUGUAUGAUAAGUUCCUGAAUAUUAGAUAUAAAGGCUUGUAGUA